AUGACUCUUCGACGUGUCAUCUUUGACGGCUACCGCAAUGUAUCCUUCCUAUCUCUUACACUUGUGACGUCCACAUUCGCCUUGCGGCCAGAGUCGUCCAUCAUACCAACCAUCGCCUUACUCUCAGUCCUCCUACUCUACUCACCAUUUUUGUUCAGGUCUCAUGAUCCGCAAGGGUGGGCCAACAUCACAGCAAUCUUGACGGCGCUUUCCAUCGGCGGAGCAACCUCCCGCGUCCAUGCUUCUCUCGAGGCCUUAUCCUCCCCCAGCCAGUCUUUGACGACUUUAUUCUUCAUAUCUACCUUUCUUUCCAGCCUCUCACUUGGUGCAUUAUAUUGCGGAACGAAGCUUAACACCCGCCUGUCUGGCCCAUGGUCGCAGAUCACCCUUUUCCCAGCCAUAUGGUCGACUCUUUGGUGUACCGUCUCGUACCUCAGUCCGGUAGGACAUUUGUCGACCUGGAGUAUCACAGACAACACGGACGCAUACAGCUGGCUCAUACCGUUCCUCGGUCCGGCCAGCAAGAAUUGGAUCAUAGCAGCAUGGGCAGCCAUUAUUUCCCAGACGCUCGGGGAUUGGUACAUUGGUCCUCAAGAGGAGGAGAACCUCAUCGUGACGUCUCCUGGCGCGAAGAGCGCGUGUCGAGAUAGUUCUUCGUCCAGGAAACUUCUUGCCGCCUUCUUGGUUGCUCUUACCCUUCCAUCCUUUUAUCUUCCUCGCCUACCCCUUCCAGUAUCGACUAUCGACGUGGCAUCGCCAUUGACAGUUGCUUGUGUCGUUCCUCCCUACCAACGCUACAAACACCACUCGCCGACUAUCGAUGAUUAUAUUGAAGAAAGCAAGAAAGUGCGGAGCGCAGCGAAGGUGAUCCUCUGGCCAGAGGGCGCAAUUAUCUUCAAUUCGACUGCCCAGAAAGAGCAGGCUUUUAGUGAAAUUCGAAAGAAAGUCGACGGCCCCUACGUCGGAGUCUCCUUUGAAGAGAUCGUCAGCGAUCCUACCGAUCCAACGGGCAGGCAUGCCCUAACCCGAACUGGCAUUGCUAUUAUUUCACAUUAUAGUCCAGAGCCAUAUCUGCAGUAUUAUAAACGAAACCUGGUGCCGUUUGCUGAAUCAUAUCGCCUGAGGGCCGACAGAUCUCCUCCGGAGAUAUUUGAGCUCCCUUUGGCCCGCCCAGGGGACUAUAUACCGAAACCUGAAUGGUCUUCAGACCCCAACCGUACACGCCCUAUUCCCAUCACGGCUUCCAUUUGCCUCGAUUUUGCCACUCCUUCGCCUUUUGCUGCAUUGGAAUCCCGGCCUGCACUCAUUCUCGCUCCAGCACGAACCUGGGAUCGAACAGUUGGAUAUGCCAUGUGGCUUCAGGCAAAGCAAAGGGCUGAGGAGCUAGGAAGCAUGGUUCUCUGGUGCGACGGCGGUGACGGUGGUGUGAGCGGCAUCGCUGGCCAUGGCUUCAACGAUGUGGCACAAGUUGGAUCUGGCACCUUCAUUCGAACGAUCGGAAUUGAGUACCCAUUCAACACAACUUCAACAUCAUUCGCUCGCUUUGGGGACUCCGCGCUGAUUCUGUUCUGGCUUCUCGUGGUGCCCGGAAGCAUUCUCCGGGGUGGCAGGAGGUUCAGGACCAGCUCGUUCAAUCCUCUCUCGUGGUUCCACGCUAUACGGAGACCGAAACCACAAGCGCAGAGCCAGCCUCAACCAAAUCUGGUCGAUUUGCGUCGGGUAUUUCAUAGGAAACGCCUUUUCUCUCGCGACCCUUCUCCCAAGGACGACUGGAGCGACGACUUCCUGGUAAUCACCCGAGAGGACGCUGAUCUUGAACGCUCGGGAGAAGAAGCUGCUGAUAACAUCCUCACCAUUAGCGCCGGCACUCCCCCCGAGCCUCUCAUUCGACCUCAGGACAGAUCUGUAGGGGAGACGGUCGUCGAAUUUCCUCGAUCAACAGCGAUACCUCAACGUCUUCUGCCUCCGCUGAUCAUUCCAGAUUCUAUCAUCCAUCGAGUCUCAUCCUAUACCGCCAAGACACUCACAGCAUCGGAAAGUUCGCCUACCCCCACAUUCACGGAAUUCACACAUAUCACUUCGAGCUUCCCUUUACCACCCAACCAUAUACCUGUGCCGCGCAAGCCAUUGCCAGAAACACCGGAAACAAGUGAGCACAAGAACCUAUUUGUUGUCGGUAGCCUUGAAUGA